UUAGAGCGAGAGAGAGAGGUAGGUAGGUUAGAAACUCCCAAAAACUACAAAUAUAUAUUUAUUCAAAUAAUGAAACAACUCAUAAAUUUUGACACAUAACUGUUGGAGAUGGAUAUACAUACCGUGACUUUGGUUAGUAGUGACAAACAGAGCUGAAUUGCAGAAUCAACCAGUUAAAUAGAGAUAAAGACAUUAAGGCAACAAAAAAACAUUUUAUCGUUUACAUCCCAGGAACUAAUAAAUGAAAAAAGUAAUUACAUUGAAAAGAAUGUACAACUCUUUAAGGCUCUAUUUACUGGUGUUUGUAAGUGUCCUCUUGUUUAUUUGCGGAUUUUUUCCUAUACCCAACACUACAGAACAAUUCAUGAAUGAACCACCAAAUCAUAUUAAUAAUAUUACUUUAAAAAAACAGAACUAUUUCAUUCCUGUAUUUAAAAAAGCUGUUUUGAUUGUGAUAGAUGCUCUGCGAUUUGAUUUUGUAACGCCCGAUUUAAUGCCUUUAACUUUUGGCCUCGUCAUAGAAAAUGGGUGCAUUAGUAAAGUAAAGGUAGAGGCUCCAACAGUAACACUACCUCGUGUAAAAGCUUUGACAUCUGGAAAUAUACCACAAUUCAUUGAUGUGGUUUUGAAUUUAAUGGGUACAGGCAUUUUACAAGACAGUUUGAUACAUUCUGCAGAUAAAAGUGGAAAAAAGGUGAUAUUUUAUGGAGAUGAUACAUGGUUGAAACUAUUUCCAAAUAAAUUCUUGCGUUACGAAGGAACAAAUUCUUUCUUCGUAAGAGAUUUCAAAGAGGUAGAUGAUAAUGUUACAAGAAAUAUAAACAUUGAACUUGAAAAUGGCGACUGGGAUAUUAUGAUUCUCCAUUAUUUAGGUCUAGAUCAUAUUGGUCAUGUCUACGGUCCAUUUUCCUCAUUUGUACCUGAGAAGCUAAGAGAAAUGGAUCAAAUAGUACAAAAAAUCUAUGAAAAAAUGUCAACUAAAAGUGAAACCCUUCUUGUUGUUACUGGAGAUCAUGGGAUGAGGGAUAGUGGAGGGCACGGAGGUUCAACCUAUUCAGAAACAAAUGUACCCUUACUGCUUAUGGGACUUCAAUGUGAAAACAGCAGUUUUCUUCAAACUGACAUUCCUGUGAAUUUAGCCAUCUUGCUUGGAUUGAGUAUUCCUUCUUCUGCCAUCGGCAAAGUGCAAAAAAGUAUGCUCCCGUUCGGUUUAGAAAAGUAUUUGUAUGUUUUGAGAUAUAACUGUUUGUUAUUGAAACAGAAGAGUUCUAUUUGCGAUGAUCAUCUUGAUUUAGCUACUUCUUUACAUGAAACCUACUUGAUGAAUUCCAAUCAACAAAUUGGUUGGCGAGCAACUGAAUUGUACGAAAAAUGUUCAGAAAUGAUAAGGAACACUUUAAUCAAAUCAUCAGUUGAACAAAGUGUGAGCUCUCUGAUAAUAUCUAUGCUGGUAAUGUUAAAUGUUUUGAUAAUGCUUUAUUUGAAAAUUGUAACAAAUGAUAAGUUUGCAAAACUUGAAAUCCUAAAAAUCUGGUAUCUUUUUCUAUCAAUUGCAAUGGGUUUUUGUUUGGUUUUUGGCCCAAUAUUAUUUUUGAUAAUUUUAAUUUCAUUCACAAUUUUUCUUACCAACUUGACAUCGCUUAAAAAGAUUCACUUCAAAUUUCCUGACCCCAUUUCAAGUUCUUUCAUAGUAUUCAAUGUGAUUCAUCCAAUUACUUUUUUAUCCUCAAGCUUUAUUGAAGAAGAACAUCAGUUUUGGUAUUUUUUGAAUAUCCUUUUCAUAUUCAUAUUUGCCGUAAAUAUGUUAAAAAAUAAUUUCAAUGAAUUAUUAUUUUGCUGUAUUCUAUUGAUUGCUUUCAGAUUUUUACGAACCAUUAAUUCAACAGGCGAUAAAUGGGCCAACAUUCCAGAUUUUUCAGACUGGCUUCUGAAAGAGAGUAAUAAAUGUAUGUAUCAAUUGCAUUCUUCCUUUGGGUUUCUUCUUUCCUCUUAUGCUCAAUAUAAGCUAGUAAAUUCGCAAAAACCUGGAAUUCACAUAGCAAAUUUCAUAAUUAUGUUGUUGAUUUUUGUUUUUAAAAAUUAUGAAUCAAACACAUUGGCUAAAAUUAUUUGGCUCUUGCUUUUAUCUCAUGCUCUUAUAUUUAACAAGUGUUCAAAAAUCGUACUGUGGAUCUUUAUUUCUGUACUCUUGAUGAAACCUUAUAAUAUUAUUUUAAUACCAUAUUGCAUAUUUUCAAGUUUGUUUUUUUCAAAAUACCUCAAAACAAUCGAGAGUCUUGUGCUAUAUCAUAUCUGCUUAGGAAACAUGUUAUAUUUUGCUCAGGGCCACAGUAAUAGUUUAGCAAGUGUUGAUAUUUCAGUUGGAUAUAUAGGUUUGGAUGAAUACAAACCAAUUUUAGUUAUAGGGCAGGUCAUUUGUCAUACUUUUAUUUUCCAAGUGCUUUGUCAUUUUUUGGUAAUGAGAAACAAAACAAAUAAAAUUAUUGUUUGGGAUAUUUUGUUGUGUAAUCGACUGUACAUUUAUAUUAUUACCUGUUUGGUAACUUAUUUUUUCAGGAAUCAUUUGUUCAUAUGGUCAGUAUUUGCACCAAAAGUAUUCAUAGAAAGUGUUCAUACUGUGUUUUUAGUUGUUGAAUUUAUUUUUUAUCUUUUUUGUAAUAGGUACCUACAAGGUUGAAUAUCAAAAGACUGAGAAACAUCAAUGAUAAAUAAAUGUAUGAAAGAUAUGAA